AUGUAUGGGACCCAAGGAGAAGAACAAGAGGACGAGAGUCUGAAUGAAAAAGAGGCUCCUUGGGAAAAUGACGAGAGCUGGGGACUCAGUAAGAUGUACGAGAUGAAAGAAGAUGCUCAAGACGAUAAGAAUCUGAGUGAAAAUGAACAACCUCAGUCUAGUCAAGCUUCGACAAAGACUCAGCACUUUUUAUCGGAUAGCGUGAGUCGCCGGGACGGUAUGCUAGGGCCCUUCAAGUUCAGUUGGUGGUAA